AUGCAAGUCUCAUUGAUCUACAAUUUAUUUGCUACCUGUAACUCAUGCGGAAUCAAGCUCCAAAAUGAAAAUCCUCGAAAACCUGGUUUCUACAAGCCACCUUCAGUGGGACCGAAGCUUGUCAAGCCUGAAGAUGAGGCUUUCAAUCGUCUCAUGGACGGUUUGCUGGCUGAUGAUCGCAAAUUAUUGUUGAAUUCAAGCGAUGCUACACGUCAACAAUCAACACAUGCAACCACUGCAAUAGCGACCAACCAAAAGAAGGAGGGUGCGAUCCAGUGUAUUAGAUGUCGUGAUGCUAUGUAUAAAUCGAAUUUUUCGUGGGAUGAAUUGCCAGUGGAAUCAAUAGAUAAAAUAAUGUCCACUAUUCCUCCAGAUGGAAAUAUAGUCUAUGUUGUUAAUGCAGUUGAUUUCCCAUUUUCCCUCAAUAGACUGAUAUUUAAGUAUCGCAAUCCAUCUCAAGUUACUUUCUUGAUUACCAAAUGUGACUUAUUGUUUCCAUCGGCUCAACUUAGUAACAAAUAUGGAGCCACCUUUUUUAAAGACUACUUGUCAAGAACACAUGGGGCUGACCCUGCAAAUAUACACGUAACUAGUGGUUUGAUAGACUGGAAUAUGAAGGAUAUUAUAAAGGCGUUGCCAAAUAAUAGUUAUAUGGUAGGAGGUGUCAACAGUGGAAAAUCAACGGUGAUAAAAUCCUUACUAUACACAAUAGAAAACAUGAAACCAAAUUACCUCAAUUCUAAAGAACAAACUAAACUAGAGAAGCAGCAAGAUAGAAUGAUCAACUCCAAAGCUAUCAAUAGACACCAGUUAAUUAAGUCAAAAAGAAAGAAUGAACAGAAUUUCAAAAUGGCCAAUGGCCCAGGAACAUCAUAUAUGCCUGGUUUUACUCGAGGACACAUUGUGUACGACAUAAACGGCAAGACAAUAGUUGAUGUUCCUGGUUUUUCUUCGAAUCAAACGCAUGGUAUAUAUGAAUACCUCACUCCUUCGAUAAUCAAAAUCCUAUCUAAAGGAGUCAAAGUGCAUAAAAGAGGAAUGUAUGAUUCGCAUUACGAAUCCGUUAGAAACGGACAGUUAGUUACUAUGGGAGGUUUAUUUUAUCUUUGUACUCCACAAAAUGCUGUUUAUCAAAUCAAAAAUUGUAUCAACCAUAAAUUACACGUAUUCAAAAGCAUGGAUAAAGCCAUUUCCAUAUUACAAAACAUAGAAAACAACAAAGCAUUGGAAAAAGUCUUCGUUGUUGACAAGAAGUCACUUGAUAGACUCCAAAAGUUUAUAAUACCUCCGUUUUACGGAAGCAUCGACCUUGUUAUCAAAAACUUGGGUCAUAUAAAUAUUACUCCUACUGGAAAAAAAAUUGACAACGAGCCUUUGGUCAUAUAUCUACCUGAAGGAGUAGAAGCCAUUAUUAGACAGCCUUUGACUAGAUAUAUUUCUAAGUCUUUAGCCGGAAGAGAUAAAAAUGGUAACCCGUUACGUAAGGAAUUAUGGAGAUCUAAGAGUGUUACCCAUUUACAUAGAUUCAAUGGCACAACUCCCUUUGCAAGCUCUUUAAUUCCAUCUACAGGUUCGGACAAUCUCCAAUGUAUAUCCGACUAUUUAUCUAAAUUAAACGGUACGCAAAUGACUUAUGAUAACAAUAUCCACCUUGAUGAUUCUAAUAAGUAUAAAUUCUGGGUUCAUGUAUAG